UUAAAGACCCUCAAAAGGUCUCAUAAAUCCAGUGCUGUAAUUCGCAGAAGACUCACUUCUACCAAUUACAAUCAUGGUCUCACCAGGAAUUCCGAAGCAGCUAUACUUCGUUCGGAUAACCGGAAAGUGUCAUCGCCGGAGAAGGAAGAUAGGUUCUACACUACAAGGGGGUCAUCAGCAGUGGAUGAGAAUGGGAAGAUUGCAGUGGAUAGCAGCAAUAAUGGAGAGGAUAAGAAAGUAGUAUUGUGGCCCAAGCUGUUUAUCACUUUGUCAAGCAAAGAAAAAGAGGAGGAUUUCAUGGCAAUGAAAGGUUGUAAACCCCCUCAAAGGCCUAAAAAGAGAGCCAAAAUCAUCCAAAGGACCUUACUUCUGGUGAGCCCUGGGGCAUGGUUGACUGAUAUGUGCCAAGAAAGAUACGAAGUUAGGGAAAAGAAGAGUUCUAAGAAGAGACCAAGGGGAUUGAAGGCCAUGGGGAGUGUGGAAAGUGAUUUGGAUUGAAGAUUAUCAUAAGCCAUGGCAGCUACAGCAGGAGCAUUUUUUCUCUGAACUUGCAACUAAUGUUAAUGGUGUUGAUUGUUAAGAGUUUUGAGGUAGAGAAGGUUAAACUGUCUUCUGCUGUGGUUUGGUGUAUACAAGUUGAAUUUUUCAUUUUUAUUAAUGAAAAUAAUUGUUCUUAUU